AUGGAGUCCAUAAAGGGGACAACACGAGGAGAGGACUUGUAUGACAGCUUGACUGGUGUCAUCGAGAGGCUUAAGUUACCAUGGUGUAAACUUGUGAAUGUCACCACAGAUGGAUCACCAAAUUUGACAGGAAAAAACAUUGGGCUGCUGAAAAGAAUCCAGGAUAAGGUGAAAGAGGAAAACCCUGAGUUGGAUAUCAUUUUCGUGCACUGCAUAAUCCACCAGGAAGUCCUGUGCAAGUCUGUCUUGCAGCUUGAUCACGUAGUGAAGGUAGUCGUAAAGCUUGUAAACUUCAUUAGAGCAAGAGGACUUAACCAUCGUCAGUUCAUUCAAUUCCUUGAAGAAAAUGAUGCUGAUCACCAGGACUUACUGUACCACUCUAAUGUCCGUUGGUUAAGUUUGGGGAAAGCAUGUCAGCGAGUGUGGGAGCUCAAAGGGGAGAUAAGCUCAUUUUUGGAGUUAAUGGGGAAGGCUGGUGAUUUUCCUGAGCUGAGCGACACAGACUGGCUUUGUGAUUUUGCGUUCGCUGUGGACAUAUUGGCACACAUGAACGUGCUGAACGAGAAGCUACAAGGGAAAGAUCAAUUUGUGCAUGACAUGCAUGCAAAUGUGAAAGCCUUCAAAACCAAAUUGACUUUAUUCUCAAGGCAAAUUUCAAACAACACAAUCGCUCAUUUCCCCACACUAGCGACGCUGAAAGAGGCCUUUCAACAUGCAAAGAAAUACAGCAAAUCACUGGAUGUCCUGCACAGAGAAUGUUUCCGUCGAUUCUCUGAUUUUGAAAAAAUCGAGAAGUCACUUCAGCUGGUGUCAUGUCCCCGUCACUGGACUCUGAAACAGCGCCGCAGGAGUUGCAAUUGGAAAUGA